ACCACAUUGAAUAUAGUUACUCCUUUAAUGAUUUGUUUGCUCAGAGUUGAAAGUGCAUUGGCUUUUGUUUCCAUCAUUGGUCUAAUGAGCAGCAUUGUAGUGCACGACAUUCAAUUUCUGUUUCAGCUAAUUGUGUGUAUUAUAAAUUUUUCUUCAUAUUCUUUUGACAGAACUCUCAGUCAAACCUUCACUAAAUUCAACCCUCAUUCCCCCUCAUGUGCAGAGGAAUUCUGGAGGGGCUGGUACUAGUGGCUCAGGAACCUCAACAAGUACGGGCCCUGCAGUUGUUGAUGGAGCUGUGGCUUCAGUUUCCACACCUGGCUCCUGAAUGAGAACUGUUAAUAAUAAUAUUAAUAUAAGUUUCUGUCCAUAGGGCCUGCACUGGAGUUGAUCCUUGUAAAAAGAGCACAAAAUUGUUUUUGUUUUUUGUAAAUAGAGUCGAAAUCAAGUUGACAAUGCAGAUGUUUUGUGUGUAUUUAGAGAGUGCACGAGGUUUUCCAUUCUGUUUAAAGUCUUAACUUUUACUUUCUGAAACCCUUGUGCAAAUAAAUCAUGCCUAAUCAACUUGUGUAGGUUAGAUCAAGUACAGUAUUUAAAGGUGUUUGCAAGUAAAGCCAGUGAUACAAAUUAAAAAAAAAAGAACUUACGUACAGUUUCAAUAUGCUAUUUAUUUCACAAGGAAUUUUAGGUAUCCUUUCUUACAUUUUUUGGGUUCUUUUUAUCUGGGGCUGGCUUUGUUUGUAUACUCCAUUAAAGUUUGUGCUCUGUUUUUAGGAAUUAAAGAAGGUGCUGUUUUAUUUUGCAAUGUAUAUGAAUUCUUCCGAGACAACAGAUUUUUAAGCACACCACACUGCAAAAUGUGCAUUUCAACAAUGUUAAUACACUUUUGUACUAAAAUAGCGAGGCUCCGUACAUUAGUAAGAAACAGUAAUCAGUUAUUGGGGAAUUAAAAUUUGAACAAAUCCUGUAAAACAUCAGUAUGGUACUGGAUACUGUAUUUACACUGACAGUACCAAAUAUUUAAAUAAUGUAAAAUAAGUUUCUUCAUUCCUUAUGCCAAAGGCCAUUUCCCCACAUGGCUGUAGAAAGAGUUCCAUUUGUCAUUUGAGUCUGUAUAAAAUUUUAUGGGCUUGUAAAUUUAAGCAAUUUUAUGUUUUUCUUCUUUUAUGUGUAAAAUUUAUAAACUAAUCUUGUACACAUUCUUGUGAGUAUUCUGCCAAGAUAAAAUAUGAAAGUAUUGCAGCUGUCAAGAUUGAAUCUUUUUUCUUCGUAAAUCACUUCCCCCAAAAAAAUCUGUACAUUUUAAUAUCAAUCAUCAAUACAGGUGGCAUUUACAAAACGUUUCAAAAUUUUAUUUUUGUGGCUUCUUGUACUAUGUGCAGCAUUUUUAAGCAGCAUUUUUGUGAAGCAUGUUUGUGCAAUGCAAGCUGCAUGGGGUGACCAGAAAAAAUUGUUUUGGUUUAUCCUUGAUAAAAUCACCAAUGACAUAGAGUAACCAAAACAACAAAACAAUGUAGAAGCAAUAGCUGAUUGUUACUCCAAAACGGCACUUCUUGAUUUUACCUAACAGUUUGGUCAUUUCGGGGCUGCUUAGACAUACACAAACUUCAGCUUCCGGAGCUUAUUUUUUUACAGAACUCAAAAGUCCUCAAACGGGAAAGGGAGGGAGAAUUAUCCUUGUACAGCUAGUAGAUACUUGCUAGCAAUGACCGCGCCCACCUGCCGGCACCUGCCUUGUCCGAGGCUCCCCUCCGUGAAGCGAACGCUCCCCAUUUCACCUGUAGACUAAGAGUAGCCCCUCUUUUCGUGCGUGACGCGAGAACAAACCGCGAGAAAAAAUGGCCGUGCGAAUUCCCAGGGGCGAGAUUUCACGCCGCCAUUUUUUCCUCGCGGUUUAUUUACGGUCUCGCUCGACGGACUAAGCGAAAGAGGGACCUCUCGUAGUCUACUUCACCAGCGAACCAUCCGUGUGUUGCAACCGAGGCGGGUGUCACACAACGAAAUGAUAAUCAUAUCCACGGGCAGCGUGACUUCCCGGAGCAAACCCAAUCCUGUCGUGGCUGAAACUCUCCCCGGGAAAGUCUCUUUGCUUGUAGAUAGUUUUUUCCCUUCGCUGCUGCGCCGUGGAAAAGAGAAUGCCGUUCCCAAAAUAGGUCACCAAAAUAUGUUCAGGCAACCUCGUCCCCAGGGUCUUCUCCUCGUCAAUUUUCAAAAUGGAGAAGACCCUGGUGCCAAAAAUGCGGGGACUUCAGCAAGAUGGUCGAUGGCCAACAGCCAAAAUGCCGAUACAACUUUGGUUAUCUGCGGUGUAUCAGUGUUUCAUUCAAUGCAUCGAGUUAGUGGAACAUAAAGAACUGAUUUCUUGGUCUCAUAAUGAUAUCAGAUCCUUCCCCGCUGUGUUGUUGUGAAUUCCGCAAUCUUCAUGGCCAGAGAACCCACAUCCUUGCAUUUUGCUGCGAGUGUGAUGAACUGGACAACGCCGUCGACCAGUGUCUCAAAGGAAACCGAGUCCCGAGAGAGAAAUUGAAUGAAAUUUCUACGGUGAUAUCUGAUCGUAUUCGCAUCCCUUGGUUCAACGGCGCUAUAAAAGUGGAGUUUGAUGCUCUUGUCCCUGUCCUUUUUCUGGCAAUUUCUCUGUACUUUGCUUGCUUUAGCUUCGUCUUCACCGUCCUUGUACUGGUUUACGUUCCUGUGUUUAUCCUUAUUUAUUAUGUCUACGUGUUAAACCAGCGGAAAAAAACUUGGUUCUUUGUAAGUUGGGGUUUAACAUCUCUUGUUGGUAUUUUUAGUCUCUAUCUUCUGCAUGUUUCUCCUUUCUACUCGUACCUCAAUUCUAUCGUCAUUUCUCUUGGUUUCAUUCUGGUGUUAUUGUUAUACUUGCGUGCAAUAUUUUCCAGAAGCCUCCUCAACGCUUACGCCUUGAUUUCUAAACCACUCCUUCGAAACAAUUCACAUGUUAAUGCAAGUAGUUACAAGGAUCUGAACUGUUGUCUCUGUAAUGAAGGACCCUUUACCAGGGCAAAGCAUUGUAGGUAG